AUGCAGAGCUCAAUGCAGGACUUCAGGUACGCCGCCACCUGCCUGCUGCUGCUCCUCUCCGGCGUGGAACCGCGGCCGCACGGGUGGGCCGAGAACAGGCGUCAGCUCGAAACAAUCCAAAGGGGCAUCCUGGACCGGCUGGGGCUGCAGGAGCCCCCCGUGCUCCGGCAGAGGCUGGACCAGGACGGGAUGAGGAGAGCACGCCAACUCUACAGGGAGAAACUCAGCCAGCUGAGGGGGAACCGGAGCAGGGAAGAAAGUCAGGCGGCGGCCCCGCCCAGGACGCUUCACCUCCUGACUCCAAAGCUGGAGCGCCGGACGGAAGCCGCUGCUGGCAGCACCUGCUACAAUCUCGUGGUGUCCCGGACCGAGGCCUUCCACCAGGAGCUCAGCGUGAUGAGGGCUGAGCUGAGACUCUUCGAGAAAUCUCUCAGCACUCAGGCUGUCUCCAGACUCAAUGCCUCCUGGCCGUCUCGAGUAGAGCUCUACCAGCUGCCGGAGCCUGGGCAGCGCAACGGGCACCCCAAACUCCUGCAUUCCUACGUCCUCGAUGCCACGACCCUGAGCCUCGACCUGGGGGCCGCUGUCCGGCAUUGGGCAGCGAGCGCGGAGCAAAGGCUCCAUCUGCAGCUGGUGUUCGCUGCAGACAUUUCUGCCUUUCUGGCCACCAACCGAACCAGCCAGGGGGCUGAGACGCUGAACCUAGAGGUGGAAACCCAGGAGCACCUGGGCUCCAGGCCGAGGAAAGCCAGGGCGCUAGAGGAGGAAUGCAGAAAGAGUGAUGGGAAAUGUUGCCUCAAGUCCCUCAAAGUGUCUUUCCAAGACAUCGGCUGGUCCGACUGGGUGAUCGCCCCAAACAGCUACUACAUGAAGUUCUGUGAAGGGUCUUGCCCUCACAACUACAAGCCGGCCAGCAUGCACGCCCAGAUCAAAGCCCGAAUGCACACCCUGUCCAAAGAGACGCCUGCCCCCUGCUGCGUGCCCGCUGGCUACGACCCCAUGGUGCUCAUGCACUACAACAGCGACGGGAGACUUGUCUCCACGCUCUUCGAGGACAUGAUCGUCACCAAGUGUCACUGUGCCUGA